CAACGUUUAAAGAAAUCAUUCUAUAAAAAGCCGUAUAGUUUAAUUGUGUACAUAAAUAAAAUUAUAUUACAAAUUAUAUCGUUUAAGAAAAUUCGAUGUUUUCAGAAUGAUAUAUAUGAUAAUGUCUAUCAUGGCUGCUACCGUCGUCGUUUCGUGUUCUAGAAUGACUAGGCAAAUUGAUCGAGAAACCACAGAAGGCUGGAGAAAACGUUCUAUUUUUUGUUCGCUUUACGUUGGAACGUGAAUAUUUUCAGGUAAAAAAUGGCUAUGGACGGAAAGCGAUCUAUAAAGAUGGAUCCCCUUUCACCAGGACCAUGUUUGGAUAUCAGUGAUGAUGAACUCGUUACAAUAUCUGUCAGAGAUUUGAAUAGACAGUUGAAAUUGCGUGGAUUGUCGAGAGAAGAAAUAGUACGAAUGAAGCAAAGAAGAAGAACUUUAAAAAACAGAGGUUAUGCAGCCAGUUGCCGUAUAAAACGGAUAGAACAGAAAGAUGAGCUAGAAUCAGAAAAGACUCAGGAAUAUCGUGAUAUGGAAGCAAUGCAGGAGGACAAUAAUCGCAUGAGGGAAGAAAUAGAAUCUUGGCAUUCCAAAUAUCAGGCACUCAAAAAAUUUGCUGCAGAAAAAAAAAUUCAUAUUCCAUCUGAAUUAGAAAUCAUAUAAAUUUUAAACAAUCUAAACAAAAUAUAUAUAUAUAUAUAUAUAUAUGUAUAUAAGUACAUAUAACUAGUUUUUGUAAAUAUAAUGUAUAACUUCUAAAUAUUAUGAAUAAUUAAUAGAAAUUCAUAUAUUCAUCAUGAUAUGAUCACCAAUAAAUAAUUAAAACAAGUCUUUAUUAUUGGAAAAACUUCAAUUUAGUAUCUGUAUUGAAAUAAUUUAUGUGCGUGUUAUAAUAAAGAAAAUAGUUUAUUAAAUUAAUUAUCUAUCAAAUUUUUAAAAAUAUUAUAAGUACUUAUUAUUUAUAUCAUUUAUAUGAUACAUAAUUUUAUAUCUCUUACGUAUGUACUUUUCGUAGUACAUUAAGUAUAUCAACAAUUCUAUAAUGCUUUUAUUAACUUUGAAUAUAAAAUUGUUAUAAUAAAGUUGAAAAAUUUAUAUAAUUUGUAACUCACAAAUACUUUUAUUUAAAUAAAUAUCUCAUAUAUUCUCAUUCUCUUUAGUA